AUGCAGCUCCCAUCGCACAAGCUUGCUGCCUUCCUGCACCUGCAGCUGCUGCCACUAUCACCCUAUUUGGGGGGGGAGCUGGUUUUCUCUUCCUGGUGUGAUGACAUUGGAAAGAGCAGAGAGAGGAGGGCAGGCUGGCCCCCAGGAACAGAAGCACUGGCAAGCCGCCCUCCUCUCAGGCCUGCUCACCUUGAAAUUGUUCUGUUAGCCAGUUGCCCCUCGGGCCUGCACAGAUACCUCAUCCGCCCGCUGCCCGUGUCCCUCCCCGCCCCCUACUGCGGCAGUGGGGGGCCUUGGAAUCUAGUGCCGAAUGACUAUGUCCAGAUUGGUGACAAUGGGUGUUGUUGCUGUUGUUUUUGUUGUUGUUCGUGA